ACUGCCAAGCUGGUUUUCCUGGUUCAGCUCAGUCUGUUUCUGCUAGACUACAAGUCACACAGAGCUCUGAAGGUUUUAUGUUUUCAGGAGCCAUUCAGUCACCAUGAACACUCUGAACCAGCAGUACGAGGAGAAGGUGCGUCCCUGCAUUGACCUGAUUGACUCUCUCCGCUCUCUGGGUGUAGAGAAGGACCUGGCGCUGCCUGCUAUAGCCGUGAUAGGAGACCAAAGCUCGGGGAAGAGCUCGGUGCUGGAGGCGCUCUCAGGAGUGGCUCUGCCAAGAGGAAGUGGCAUUGUGACAAGAUGCCCUUUGGAAUUAAAGAUGAAGAAAAAGAAUGAAGGGGAGGAGUGGUGUGGAAAAAUAAGUUACCGUGACUGUGAUGAAGAAGAGAUAGAGAGUCCCGCAAAUGUGGAGGAAAAGAUCCGCGAAGCGCAAGUCAAAUUGGCUGGGGAUGGGGUGGGGAUCAGCGAUGAGCUCAUCAGUCUGGAGAUAGCCUCCCCUGACGUUCCAGAUUUGACCCUCAUUGACCUGCCCGGCAUCACCAGAGUGGCUGUAAAGGGACAACCAGAUAACAUUGGUGAACAGAUAAAGGGGCUGAUCCGUAAGUUCAUCUCAAAACAAGAAACCAUCAGCUUAGUGGUGGUUCCGUGCAACGUGGACAUAGCAACCACAGAGGCUUUGAAGAUGGCACAGGAGGUGGAUUUUGAUGGAGAGAGGACUUUGGGAAUCUUGACCAAGCCUGACCUGUUGGACAAAGGCACAGAAGAGACAACGGUUGAAAUUUUGCAGAAUAAGGUCAUCCACCUAAAGAAGGGCUACAUGAUCGUCAGGUGUAGAGGUCAGAAGGAGAUCACAGAGAAGGUGUCUCUCACUGACGCCAUAGAGAAAGAGAGAGCCUUCUUUAAAGAUCACCCACAUUUCCAGACGCUUUAUUAUGAAGGCCAGGCCACUGUUCCCAAAGUGGCAGAAAAACUCACCCUGGAGCUGGUGCAUCACAUCCAGAAAUCUCUGCCUCGCCUGGAAGAACAGAUAGAAACAAAGCUAAAACAGACUCAGGAAAUGCUGGACAAAUUAGGAAGCGGACCCCCACCGGAGCCCACUGAGAGACUUGGUUUUCUCAUUGAUAGAGUGACAGCAUUUACACAGGAUGCCAUUUACCUCACCAAAGGGGAGGAACUAAGAUGUGGAUUCAAGCCCAAAAUCUUCUCUAAACUCAGAAAAGAAUUUGCAGUUUGGAAGAACGUCAUAGAUACAUCUGGAACAAACUUCAGCUGGAAUAUUGAGAGAGAGGUGGCUCAGUAUGAACGCAAGUACAGAGGAAAAGAACUGCCGGGCUUCAUCAAUUACAAGACCUUUGAGGCCAUGAUCCAGGAGCAAAUCAAACAGCUGGAAGAGCCUGCUGUCCAGAAGCUCAAAGGGGUGACAGAAAUUGUGAAGAAAGAACUGCUUAUGUUGGCACAGAGCAGCUUGGUUGGGCUGCCUAAUCUUAUCAGGAUGGCCAAGAUGAAGAUUGAAGCCAUCCGAAAUGAGAGGGAAACAGUGGCAGAAUCUCUGCUGAGGACUCAGUUCAAGAUGGAGAUGAUUGUUUACACUCAGGAUGGAAGAUACAGUAAGAAAUUGGGGAAGAGAAAGAGAGAAGAAAGCAACAUAACUCAUUUUCCUAACAAUGAGAGUGGGGCCAACCUGAAAGAGAUGAUGAAACACCUUAAAUCCUAUUAUCAAAUUGCAGGCCAACGUCUGGCCGACCAGAUCCCCCUGGUGAUCCACUACCAGAUGCUGCAGGAGUCUGCCAUCCAGCUGCAGAGAGAAAUGCUGCAGAUGCUUCAGGACAAGGAGAAAAUGGAGUCCCUGCUUCAAGAGGACGGUGGCAUAAAAGAGAAGAGAUUCCACCUGCAGAUGGCCAUUCAGCGCCUGUCAAAGGCACGGCUUCUUUUAAGUGAAUUUAGUAUGAACAUAUAUGACUUCAGCACAACAGACGUGCUGUGAAAACAGUAAUCUCAUUUGUUGUUACUAUGAAGACAUUUAACAUAAGCUAAGAGCUAACAUUGGGAGUCUGUCAAUUUUAUCUUAGCAUUACAUUUUAAGUGGCUGUCUGAUACUGUAGAUAUAUGCACAAUAUAAAAAGCCUGUUGUGAUUUAUUGCCGUUUCUGUCAAAUGUUGUUUGUGUAGAAUUUUUUUUUCCUUGGGUGCAGUGCCAUGCUAUUUGUUAUUUAAUUUGAUACCAGUUGUUUACUCCCCUCAACUUUAAUAAACAAGAAGCAUAUAAAACUGAAA